CACCCCUCCCCCCAAACUCUUUCUCCACAACACACAAACACAAGAGAGUGAUCAAGAACUCCAAACCAAAGGCUAUGGCAUCCAUGACAGCAACACCCGCAUUCCUCCCCGCAGUCGCCAAGGCUCCCACCUCCGGCCGCCGUGGGGCGUUCACCGUCAGGGCCUCGAAGGCGUCCGAGGGCGAAAAGGCCGUGGCGAAGACCGGGGAAGAGAGCAGCAACGGGAGGAGGGAGUUGGUUUUCGGCGUUGCCAUGGCGGCGGCGUGCUCCAUCGCCAAGAUUGCCAUGGCGGACGAGCCGAAGAAAGGGACUCUGGAGGCUAGGAAGAAGUAUGCACCUAUCUGUGUGACAAUGCCCACUGCCAAGAUUUGCCACAAGUGAGAAACCAAGAAACCUACCUUUGCUUCUGUCUGUAAUAUGUUGUAAUUGGUUUUAUAACAGAGGAUGUAAAACCUUGUUUUCUAAUCUAUUCUCUUGUCCCCUGCUU